GAGAGUUCGCCUGCAGUGCUCAGAAUCCCCGCCUACGGCUUCCAUUUCUGUUCUGGAGCACACGAGCGCUCGCGAAGAAUACACAUUUCCUUUUCUGAAUUUGCCUUCUGAUGUAAAUAGAGUAGUAAGAGCGACAGUCUGACAGAGCGAAAGGUGUUUGUGUUUUGAUAAAUAGUUUUGUUUAUUCUGCUGGGGGACACGUUUGAGCGCCGGAAGAAGCAAGGCGGGUUUUUAUUCCCCAUUUUAACUUUAGUGAGCGGCGCUUUCCGCCGUUUUUUUAUUCCCUCCCCUGCCCCUCUCUCUCUCUCGCUCCCCCCCGUGAGAGUCGCGGCCUGUAGUGCAGCCACGAGGCGCGUCGGACCACCGGGAAUCAGGCGAUGGCGGAGUUUGGUAACGGACUGGCAGAGGAGUCUCUGCUGGACUCAGACCCGGGUCACUCAGAACUUGAAGACCCAGGCGUUGGCGAUGAAGAACCGGGAUUAGACGAGGGGGAGGCCGCUAUUGAAGAUCCGGAGCUGGAGGCAAUUAAAGCCCGGGUGAGAGAGAUGGAGGAGGAGGCAGAGAAACUGAAGGAGCUACAGAACGAGGUGGAGAAACAGAUGAAUCUCAGUCCUCCACCUGCUGGCCCUGUCAUUAUGUCCAUUGAAGAGAAGAUAGAAGCCGACGGGAGGUCUAUUUACGUUGGAAAUGUGGAUUAUGGUGCUACAGCUGAGGAGUUGGAGGCACAUUUCCAUGGCUGUGGAUCUGUAAACAGAGUCACUAUCUUGUGUGAUAAGUUUACAGGACAUCCCAAAGGGUUUGCUUAUAUAGAGUUUGCAGACAAGGAGUCUGUUAGGACAGCCAUGGCACUGGAUGAGUCCUUAUUUAGAGGAAGGCAGAUUAAGGUUGGGGCCAAGAGAACAAAUCGUCCUGGCAUUAGCACCACAGACCGCGGUUUCCCUCGGGCCCGCUUCCGCUCACGGGGAGGAAACUUCUCAUCCCGGGCGCGUUACUACAGUGGCUACACACCCCCCAGAGGCAGAGGACGGGCCUUCAGGGGCCGAGGGCGAACAACAUCGUGGUACUCCCCUUACUAAUACCUCCCCCACCCCCCCUAUGAAAUCCCCCCUUACUAUCAUCCCGUACCCCUCUAUAGAAAAGAAAAAAAGAUCCCUCUCAAAAAAGGAAGGAAAAAAAAGAAGAAAAAAAAGACAAAAAAAAAAAGAAAAAAAGAGAGCAUCUCCUGGAAAGACAGACUGACUGGCCGCAGUGUGCGAUUGUGUGUGCGCGUGCGUGUGAGGAGGUGUUGCGAUCGCCCUGGUAAGGUACAAUAUGGCCGUCUGGGAGAUUUGGUGGCAUUUGUUUCAAUUUGAGAAAGUGAUGUAAUCUCAGGCUGCAGAUGUGUGUCCUUUUUGUCUGGCUGUGAUUUUUCUCUCACCAAACAGCCCCUCUUUAUGUUUGCACUCGAAGGGCAAACAGAAAAAAAAAUGUUAACUUUUUGUUUUGUUUUUUCUUUUAAUUAUUGUAACGUGAACAUGUGAACGAUUUAAUAGCAAGAAUGUUGUUGUUUUCACCAAGUUGUGCUAUUCGAAGAACACAUUUUCUAUUGUCUAUGCUCUCUGGAACCCCUUUCCCCCCCCUCCCAGCGCUGGUUUCUUUUCCUGUUCAUCCCUCACUCGGAUUUGACCUCCUUCACCUGCGUUACGCGGUUUAGAGUUCGGCUUUGGUGUUAAGCUUUUCUUUAAUAAUGUUUACUGUUCUCAAACCAUCUUCCACAUCAUACGACUAUUGUAAGAUGGCAUGGCCUGAACUCACAGAUCUUUUCUGUUCUUCAUUUUGAUUUUCUUUCGUCUCAUGCUGCCAUACGCCAUUCCUGCCCAUCAGUGUUUUUCCCCUGUGCUUCUCCUCCUCCUCCCCCCUUCUCUCUCUGUCUCUCUUGCUCUCUCUCUCUGUAUAUUAGACCACUUCUUGUCGUUUCAGGUUUCAGGACCAGUGGAGGCUGACAACCCCUCCUCCGGUGGCCGCGGCGCCCCCUACCGUCUCGGCGGCCUCUCUGUCUCUUUCUGCUCCCGCUAUGCACACUCACCCCAUCCUCUCGGUGUGGGGGGGCGGGGGAGGGGGCCAGGGCGACCACCGGCCCACAGCGGGAGGCAUUUAUUACAAUAACAAGCGCUGAGCUUUACCGCCAUCAAUAUACGGAGAUGCACCAGGCCCAUGUUAAACACACACACAAACACACAUGCAUUCAGACAGACAGACAGAUCGCAUACACCGCACACAUUCACCACCACACAAGUUUAUAUAUCGUGAAGGCAGAGCCAUGGUAGAGCAGCAGCUGCUUGAAUUGCGAGUGAAAUGAGAGAGGCAGGACCAGAAAGGGGUUUUUGGAAGGGGAGGCUUCCUCUGGGGCCUUGUCUUUCUCAGUGCACAGUGCAGUUAGGGCACGAUGGAGCACUGACGCGUGGGCUGCAGGUAUCGGUUACUUACAGAAGGGCUUCGGAGCUUUUAUUUGGGGCGGGGGGAGGGGAUUUGUGUGCAGGAGGGUUUUCUCGUUUCUGUUUGUUUAUUUUUCUUUUUCAGAUGGGGGAGUGGGUGUGGACGAAAAGAGAAAAGAUGUUUUCCUUUUUUAUUUUAUUUUUAACCCAUGAGUCUGUAAUUAGAAAAAAAUAAAAGACAUUGUGUAAAAAGUA